CGAUUCAGCGGACAGUGUUUCAACAAUUAGGUACGAUCAAGCAAGUGUACUCAAUAAUAUUUUUUUGUGAUUUACCCAAGGGAGUGUGGGUGACCUAACUAGAGAAAUAUCGUGAUCAAAUCAACAUGUCCGCGGCUACCGCGAGUGUGGAUUUGGAGAAUCCAACUACUUUAUUAACUCCAAAAAACAUAUUCUACUUCCUACUUAUACCAGCUUUGGUAUUAUGGUACGCUUACUGGAAAAUAUCUAGGCGGCAUAUGGUUGAACUUGCCUCGAAAAUUCCAGGCCCAGAAGGACUCCCGCUCCUAGGAAGUGCCCUCGAAUUUGUCGGAACCUCAGCAGAUAUUUUCAAAAGAAUGUACGCGAAAUCAUUCGAAUACGGAAACACUGUCAAAGUGUGGAUAGGCCCAAAACUUCUCAUAUUCUUGGUUGAUCCAAGAGACGUAGAAAUCAUCCUGAGCAGUCACGUCCAUAUCGACAAAGCCUCCGAAUACCGAUUCUUCCAGCCCUGGCUCGGAGACGGUCUUCUCAUCUCCACUGGUCAGAAAUGGAGGGCUCACAGAAAACUGAUCGCACCCACUUUCCAUUUGAACGUCCUCAAAUCCUUCAUCGACCUGUUCAACGCUAAUUCCAGAGAAGUAGUUCAAAAACUGAAGAAAGAAGUUGGCAAAGAGUUUGACUGUCACGAUUACAUGUCAGAAGCUACUGUGGAAAUUCUAUUGGAAACUGCAAUGGGAGUCAGUAAGAAGACCCAAGAUCAGAGUGGGUACGAUUACGCCAUGGCUGUCAUGAAGAUGUGCGACAUUUUACAUCUGCGUCAUACCAAGGUCUGGCUGAGACCCGAUUUCAUCUUCAAUUUGACGAACUAUGCUAAGAAGCAAGAGGGACUCAUAGGCAUUAUUCACAGUUUGACCAGGAAGGUAAUCAAGAGGAAGAGAGCAGAUUUCGAGAAAGGAAUCAGAGGAUCAACAGCCGAAGUACCAGAAGAAUUGAAAACCAAGAAUUAUGACAAAAAUGUUUCAUCGAAGACUGUAGUCGAAGGUUUAUCUUAUGGUCAAGCAGCUGGUCUGAAGGAUGACUUGGAUGUGGACGAUGACGUAGGAGAAAAGAAGAGGAUGGCUUUCUUGGAUUUGAUGAUCGAAGCUUCGCAAAACGGAGUAGUCAUCAAUGACGAAGAGAUCAAGGAGCAAGUAGAUACCAUUAUGUUUGAAGGACACGAUACGACAGCAGCUGGCAGUAGCUUCUUCCUCUCCAUGAUGGGUGUUCACCAAGAUAUUCAAGAUAAAGUUGUACAGGAGAUUGACGAAAUCUUUGGUGACUCAGAUAGACCUGCUACAUUCGCAGAUACUUUGGAAAUGAAAUACUUGGAGAGAUGCUUGAUGGAAACGCUUCGCAUGUAUCCACCAGUGCCGAUUAUUGCUAGGCAGCUUCGGCAAGAUGUUAAAUUAGCGUCCGGAGAUUACACUCUUCCAGCUGGAGCAACAAUUGUUAUUGGUACCUUCAAGAUUCACCGCCAAGAGGACGUUUACCCCAAUCCUGAUAAAUUCGAUCCCGACAACUUCUUACCGGAACGUAGUGCCAACAGACAUUACUAUUCCUUCAUUCCAUUCUCAGCUGGACCAAGAAGUUGUGUGGGACGUAAAUACGCCAUGUUGAAACUCAAAAUCCUUCUCUCCACGAUUUUGAGAAACUACCGCAUUUAUUCCACUGUUGAAGAAAAGGACUUCCAACUGCAGGGUGAUAUCAUUUUGAAGAGGGCUGAUGGAUUCAGAAUCAAACUGGAACCAAGGAAGAGGGUGUUGAAAGCAUAAGAAGUUUAUUGACAACUGGAAAAGUAGAAAGUAGUGUUCGUUUAAAAUGUAAUAAUUUAUGAUAUUUGUUUUUGUUUUUAUAAUAUAUCUGUAUUUUAACCCAUCAUAGAUUGCAAUAAUGAAUAUGAUUCAUUACUA